ACUGGCUCCUCCCCUCCUAGCCACAUAUCUACUGUACCACCACAUCCAGCCAGGGACCUUGGUGUGCAAAAUAGCUGAAAGCCGCCCUUAGGAUGAGAGCCAGGCAGCUGGUGUGUGGAAUUUGGAGUCUGUGCUUCAUGUUCUGCCUUUUCUGCAUCUUUCUUCACCAAACCACGGCAAAAAGAAAACUCAAGUUUGUGUCCGUAGUAUUUCGCCACGGUGAUCAUACCCCACAGGAGUUUUUUCCAACUGACAAGCACAAAGAAGUUGCAAAGCACCAGGGAUAUGGACAGCUUACCAAGCUUGGCACACAGCAACAGUAUGAGCUUGGCCAGUACAUGCGGAGGAGAUACUCUUAUUUCCUGAGUGUUGCAUACAAGCAGUGUGAGAUUUAUAUCCGAAGCACUGACUAUGAUCACACGCUUAUGAGUGCUCAGGCAAGUCUUGCUGGGCUGUACCCACCAACACAGGGCCAGCUUUGGAACCCCAGAAUUCUUUGGCAACCAGUUCCAGUCCACACGGUACCACUACCACAUGAUAAUUUGCUAUACUUACCUUUCUCACACUGCCCAAAAUACAAUGAGCUUCUGAAAGAAACCUUUGCAACAAGGGAUUUCCAAAGGCAACUCAAGAAGUACAGGCCAUUUCUGAAGUUUUUAGCCACUCAUACAGGAUACGCACUGAAGAAGUUGAACACUGAAAGAAUUUUGAAGCUCUCUGACACUUUACAAUAUGAGGAUAUUAACAAUUACAGUUUACCUGUUUGGGCUACUCAUGGUGUCAGGACCAAGCUGAUAAAGCUUUCAGAAUUGUUAUUGCAGGCGGAAUUCGGGUUCCACAAACAAAUACAAAAAUCACGUUUGCAGGGAGGUAUUCUUUUAAAAACUAUUCUGAAGCAUAUCUCAGAUGCUAGAAAGCCUUCACACCAGCAAAAAAUGGUUAUGUAUUCUGCGCAUGCAGCCACCAUUGUUGCCUUACAGAUGGCUCUCAAUGUCUUCAAUGGGAAAUUGCCUCCUUACAGUGCCUGUCAUUUUUUUGAACUUUACCAGGAAAAAAAUGGGCAAUAUACUAUUGAAAUGUACUAUCGGAAUAAUUCUUUGAGAGAUCCUCACCCCCUCACUCUCCCUGGCUGCAAGUUUCGCUGUCCACUGGAGAGAUUUACUCACUUGGUCUCCCCAGUCCUAGUACAGCAAUGGACAAGAGAAUGUAGGACAUAAAAAGAGGUGCUCCCUCCAUGAUCUUCAGUGUGAAUAGCUUUGUGAACCAACUCCUCCAACACUGUGAUGUGAUUACAGUCUAACAUUUCUUAUUAACUUCCAUCAGCAUGACCAGCAGUCUCCUGAUCUCUAUCAAAAGAAAAUGUUUCUCAGCACGACAAACGAAAAUUACAGCAAGCGGUGACUUAUCCUUCCUGAACAUUUGUUUUAUUUUAUCAAGUGGUAAAACCCAAGUGCAAUAUCAAACCAGAGUAAUUUUUCAAGAUCUAUUAAUUCCAAAGGGAUUUUGGCAGAACUAAUUUGAGAAUGUAAUUGUAGUUAUAGUGUUUCGAAGGGCUAUAGCUUUUUAUUUACAACAAAAUUGGAAAAUACCACUGAAUGAGUGUUGCCCUCUUUUGAUGAAUGAGACAAGAACUUUCAGAACUGGCGAGGGGAGCAGUGCCUCAAAAGGAGCCUCCAAAAGGAGAAGUCAUUCCAGUGUCCUUAUAUUUGUUUUUAUUCAAGAAGUAAUGAAGCAUUUUACACAAACAGAUUCCAAAAGCUACAAAAAUGAUAAUGGUUAUUUACUUACCUACCAGAUGUCUUUCUUUUUCUUUUUUCCAUCCUAUACAUGCUCAAAUAUUCCACCUCUAUACAGAAGGAAGGUGAGACUUAUGGAAAGAAUGGACCAUGGAUCUAGUCCUAAGAGAAGCCUACGAAGACCCAGGCUGGCUACAAUGAAUAGCUGUCGGGAAAUCAUCUGACUCAACAAGGCUUUCAUAUAUUGAGCCAUUCUAUCUCUUUCUUAAAAGACAGCAAGGCCAAGUGCCAAGUUUGAAAGAAAAAUAAUUUGUGGCUUCAAAUAGCUUUUCAAACCCCUUCCUUUUGUUUGAUUGUAUACCCUGAUCUGAUCACAUAAAGUCUGUGCUUUGGAGAAGUCUGUAAGUCCUUGCUGUUAUUGAUAUUAACCUAGUGGCAACACGAAAUAAAAAAAGUCCACAGCUACAAGCUAGUUAAAA